CCUGCAAGGAAACUGUCAAGAUGGCAGCGACGGCAAUGUAUGGGAAUGAGCCUUUCUGCCGUCGCGCUCCGUUUUAUCCCUCCGCCCCGAAGCGCGUUUUCGGUUUCCGCCGCCGCGCGUUCCGUAGCUCGUUCGUAACGCGAGAUCGACGCUUUUUUCGCGUGUAACUCGUUUACAUUUCUUCGCGUAGCCAGCGGCUGGAUGUCGGUGACCGCGUCGCAUCGUUGCAGCUGCAGCAGCCAGAAAGGGGGAGCGUUCGCAACCCGGUUCGUACAGCGGGAGGUAGCGGGCAGUAAACCAGUAACUAGUAUCUAGUCCGGAGCUGCGCUCAAAGAGUCCGCAGAGCGUGGAAGUGAUCAAAACGGGAGAGAUACAUGGAUAAAGGAUCGACGCAUGAGAGUGAUGAACGCUGGAGCGAUGCAUAAUAGUGGGAAACGUGCAAGUGAUGCAUGGAGAGGGCAGCGCAGGAGCGAUGCAUGAAUGAAGAAGAGUAAUACAUAAAAAGGUGGCCGCAGGAGGAGUGAUACAUAAAGGGGUGUCCAGCGCAGGAGUGAUACACAGUGGCCGAAUUGUAGCAGAACUGUCCCAUUGUUUGCAUAAAGUCAUGUGAUACUUCAUUGUAGCGUUCCGUUAAAUAUUUAAUUGUCGGAAGUGUGUUGAUGUUUUGGUUGUUGAUCCUACGUCGCAUAUUCCGAUUAUGGAAAUACAGUUAUGCGGAGGCUGGUUUCCUUUUCUUGAAAUGAGGAAAUAGUGCAUGAGGCUGGAGCUGAUGGCGGUCGAGUGCGGACCGCGGUUUGUAAGGUGGUUAAGGUACGGUGCUCAUCAGCGGAAUGAUGCAGGUCCUUUGCUGAUGAUCUGCGACUCCAGUUUAGAACACACAGCAUACUGACCUUUCACUAGAACUCGUGUAUUGCGCGUUUUAUUAUAUAUGUAUAUAUUGUGUGUGUGUGUUUAAUUCGAGAAGACAUAGCUGAUGCUCAUGAUUACUUAACUUUUCUUGCAAACGUGACCCUUUAAAGAGGUAAUACCAGAGGAACUUUGCCUCGAGUUGCUCGCGUGCUUUCUCAUGGACUUUCGGGUGUGCAGCGGGGAUGAGCGCAUAUGAGAAGAUGGCAGUCGCUCCAUCAACCGACCCCGUGUCCUCGGAGGACAUUGAAAUAGACCCGGAUUUCGAGCCCCAGAAAAGGCCCAGAUCGUGCACCUGGCCUUUACCCAGACCAGACUCGAGCGCGGCUAAGAACGAGCUGACCGACGCGGACAUCAUCCCCGAAGAAGCAGGCGACGAGGACGUGGGCAGCUGCGCGCCCUCGGACUCCAGCGUCCCGCUGUCAGAUCCGAGAGGUUCACCUGAAGUGCUCCUGGAUGGAGCGGAACCCGAGCCCGCGCGACCCUCCUCCGACCCCCGCGUUGCCGCGGGCGACGGCGCGAGCGAGGACGCCGCCACGGGGCUGCAACAGCAGAAGCAGCAGCAACCGCAGCAGCAGCAGCCGAGGAAGUCCUCGCGCCGGAACGCGUGGGGCAACCACUCGUACGCGGACCUCAUCACGGCCGCCAUCGAGAGCUCCCCCGAGAAGAGGCUCACCCUGUCCCAGAUCUACGACUGGAUGGUCCGCUGCGUGCCGUACUUCAAGGACAAAGGCGACAGCAACAGCUCGGCGGGAUGGAAGAAUUCCAUCAGACAUAACCUGUCUCUGCACAGCUGCUUCGUUCGGGUUCAGAAUGAGGGAGCAGGGAAGAGUUCCUGGUGGAUGAUCAAUGCUGAUGGUGGAAAAGGAGGCAAGGCUCCACGCCGGCGGGCUAUGUCCAUGGACAACUGCAACAAAUAUGUAAAAAACCGGGGUCGCACAGCCAAGAAGAAGGCUGGUGCUCUGGGUGCACGUGAGGGGAGCUUGGAUAGUUCCCCAGGUCUUGGCCUGUGGCCGGGGAGCCCCACCUCACGCAGUAGCGACGAGUUGGACUCCUGGACUGACUUCCGCUCAAGGACCAGCUCCAAUGCUAGCACCAUUAGUAGCCGCCUCUCACCUAUCCUGGCCAACCCUGAGCUGGAUGAGGUGUCUGAUGAUGUGCCCCUCUCCCCCAUGCUCUACUCCAGCCCUGGCAGUAUGUCCCCUUCCUUCGGCAACCCACGUUCCACAGAGCUACCCUACCUGUCUGACCUGACCGGUACCAUGAAUCUCAAUGAGGGCUUGUGUGACAGCCUCAUGGAUGACCUCUUGGACAACAUCGGCUUUACUCUUUCCCAGCAGAAGCCUAGGGGAGGUGGUGACAGCCUCUCGAUUGACUCAAAAAGCAGUGCACUGGGCUCCUCUCCUGGCAGCAGCUCCAGCUCUGGUGAUACGCGGUCACUUCCGGGUCUACGCCAGUCACCAAUGCAAACCAUCCAGGAGAACAGGGCAACAACCUUCUCCUGUGCUUCCAUGUUCGGCAGCCGGAAUCUGCAAGAUCUGCUAGGCUGUGAUUCCCUCAGCCACGGUGAUGUCAUGAUGACCCAGUCUGACCCGCUGAUGUCUCAAGCUGGCGCCCCUUCUGGCACCCAGGGCUUCCGUCGUGGUACUAUGCUACACAAUGACCCCAUGCUGUCCAACCACGGCUGUUCAGGUAGUCAGUCCAACCAGCCCCAGAGCUCCUUGAUGAUGGCGUGGCAAACUAACCUUUCCAACUCCUCUAAAGGGGGCCUUGACUUGACUAAUGAGGCAAACAACCUGAUCUCCGUCCGGCAGAAGCUCCAGUCUCCCAGUGACACGUCUAUGCAGCCUGGUUCCUCUGAGUCCUACCUGUAUCCAAUCUCCAAUGGGAGCCGUGACAAGUAUGCCAGUGACCUGGACGUGCUCAGCAGUGAUCUAGAGAGUGAUGUGGACUCAUUCAUCCACAAUGAACUGUUGGAUGCUGAUGGCCUGUCCUGCAGCUUGGACUUGAUCCCUUCUCAGAAUGUAGACAACUUCAAUGUAGACAACUUGUCCAAUGGUAAAAAGGCCUCAUCCCAAAACCGGGUACCAGGUUUAGAAGCAGGUCUCUGAAGAAGCAGAAAUUGGGCAUGAGGCUCACAAACUUUCUUUCUGUACUGUACUAUACAAGGUUAUGAAUUUGGUUGUAAAAUCUCGUGAAUGUAAAGAUGAAUAUGCUGGGAAGUUAAAAUGUAGAUAUGUGACGAUUUAGUAAAACACCCCCCCCACACCCCAUGAUAGGUUUCUUUUCUUUCAUUCUGUCAUUAAAA